AUGAACGAAAACGACCCUAAUGCCUUUAAUGCCUUUGACGAACAAGAAGUGACUUCGGAAACCGAUGGAAGAAAGAGAGACUUAUCGGAUCGAAAUGAUUCUCCACUAUUUGAUGAUGACGAUGAUGAAGCAAGACCAUCGGAACCUAAAAAGAGAGUCAUCGGAGAUUCCUCCUUUUUGCAUGGAAGUAGAACUUUAAUAUUGAUUCUUGGUUCCUCUAUUGGAGAUUCAAGCAAAUCAGUACCAACUGUAAGGUUUUUGGCUUCCAAGAUGCCAUUUCCAGAAUCUGUUUUGAAGUACUUCUUUCUGAAAGAUCAUGUUGUUGUGGAGUUUGUAGAUUCACACUAUGCUCUCAAAUUUCUCUACAUGUAUUACGACACUGGUAUUCAAUGUGAGGACGGUUCCGUUAUUACAGUCGAGUUUGCAAAAAAUCAAGAUGAGGGUAUUGACGUAGUUAUGCCUUCGUCAAGACAACAACAACCUUCAGAGAGCGGAAAAGUAUUAUUUUGUCUUGUCUACAAUGCGUUCCCACUUGAAAACUUUGAAAAAUAUGGUAAAGUAGUUAAGCUAAUUGAACUUCCUGAACUGGAUCGAGUAAAGAGGGUAAUCAUGGAAUUCAAGACAGAGGUCGACUUUAACAAUACAUUUGAAAAGCUAAAAAAUCAUCAGUCUCUCAAACUAUACAAAUCAAAAAUACCCUAUCUAGAAGAUACUUAUGACCAAACGGAAAGCAUCCAUUAUGUAGCAACAUCCAGCUCAACUUAUACUAUGGUUGAAAGUGUUCCAAGUCAUAGUAAGCCAGGCACCUGUGUCAUUCAAGUUACAGGAUUUACCUCUCACAAAGUCAACUGUGACACCAUAUUUAUUCUAUUUGGAGUGUAUGGUGAUGUCCUAAAAACUAAGGUUAAUUUCAAUACACCAACUCCAUGUGCAUAUGUUGAAUUCAAGAACGAAGACGGAGCUGAGAGAGCAAUUCGUUUUUUAGGAAAGAACGGCACUCCUUGCCCUCUUUACAAUGAUAUUAUUCAGAUUUCUUAUGCUCCAUUUUCAGUUCUUGAAGAACCCACAACUCUUGAAGAAGGCGAAGAAUUUAAAGCCUAUCUUGGAUCUCCUCUUCAUAGGUUCACAAAAGGAAGCGCCACUGGAAGAAUCAAAAACAUUGAUCAUGUCUAUCCGCCUAACAGAGUUUUGUGUAUCAGCAAUAUUAAUUAUAAUAGCCAGAGUAGCACGAUCGAGUCAGAGUUUAUGAAAUACAAUCUCAGAAUAGAGAAUAUCAAAUUCUUUGGACAUAAGCAAAAGCUGGGAACUAAAAUGGCUCUAGUCUCAUUCCCAACCUUAAAUGAUGCCGUUACAGCACUUGUGGAAUGUCACGAUAUCAAAAUUGAUGACUAUCAUAUUAAUAUUAAUUUUGCUGAUAAUAAUGCUAAUAAUAACAACUUCAUGAUGAUGAAUAGACUUCCUUACAACGUCAUUAACCGUAACAUGGGAAUGCCACACCAACGUCAUUAUUCACCAAUGGGUACCUAUACUCCAUUUGCUGCCUCAGGUCAUGCCUUGGCGUUCCCUCCAACAGCUGGUAGCCCACAAUUCCAAAAUUUUGUUUAUAGCCCAAGAGGAAGAGGUGGAAAUGCAUACAGAGGAAAUAUCAUGGUAAAUAGAGGAAGAGGAAGAGGAAACUAUACCAACUAUAAUAAUGACAAUAAUUAUCAAAAAGAGAAUACCACUGAUGACAAUAAUGCUGAUAAUACUAAAUAUCAAUAA